AUGCAGCAUCGGGACGAAGGACUUGGCGCGACGAGCAUGCUUCUUCCUCGAGCGGAAAAGCUAUCUCAAGAUACUGACCUUCAGAACAUUUCAGCAGUUCAUUCGAGUUGUGCCGCCGCACUCCCUGCCUACGCGACCGCCGCCGAGAGUGCUCUUCUGUUCGUGCGUGGGACCAAGUGA